AUGGCAGGGCUCAACGAUUCGAACUGUGCCGAGGUGAGAAUUGAUGCUCGCAUUGGAUUGCUUUGCAUCUCCUUAACUUACGUCUAUAUUGUUUUCAAACAUAAGAAACUGCCUGCGUUGCAGGCAUCGCUGGCCCUGGCCAAUGCAGAAGCUGAAGAAGUAUGCUUCGUUUGCCAGACAGCGUAUGUCGUCAAGAAGGACGAGACGCGUUACAAGAUCAAGGAGCACUGUGUUGUCUGCUCUGGUCGUGUCAGAAGCAUCCUGCAGAAGCCUUCGGAUGACAGAGCCAAGUCAUGGUUUAAGGGCCUCAAGACAAGCGAUCCUGCAGAGUACAGGAAGAUCGUUGCGAGUCUUCACAAUAUUCAGCAACUGAGUGCACAAGAAAUUCGACGCGAGUCCGGAUCGGGUGGCCCUUACUUGGAGAGCUCGCGAUUCAACUUAGUCCGGUACAUGGAGGUGCACGAGGAGAAACGCGGCAAACGCAUGAAGAGUGGAUGGAAACUGAUGACGUUUUCUUGGUACAAGGAUUGGUACAUGGUGAAAGUUCCAGAGGAGGAGCGAUUGAGCAAUGCAGAAGUCCUGGCGGCCUGGAGCCGUGAUCUUGCAAAUCCGGAACUUCGAGACACCCAGCCCGUCGAAGAUAAGCGCACCGGGAUAACGUCCAACCAGGAGUCUGUCUGGGUGGCGACAGGCGGCAUCAAGAAAACACACUUCGAGGAGAUCAGCGACAAGCGUGCGCGCGAGAAGUCUUUCCAAAGCAAGGAUGUGUCCACCGCUACGCUGACAGCAAUCGACAAGCGCGUGCGUGGCUUUGUCAAGUUUCAGCACGAGUCGGAGUUGUUUCAGAAGUGCUGCUUGAACUUCGUCACGGACCCCGGCACUGUGUUCUCCACUAGCGGCACGGCAGCACCCGCAAGGGGCAACGGUGGCGGUGGCGGUGGCCGCAGCAGCAGGGCGGCGAAAGCCAAGUCAGCUAAGCAGCCCAAGCUGUUGGACGUGAGCUUGACUCGCAUCCAGUUCACAGGCAAGCUUGCCUCGACAAGGCAAUUUUGCACGCAGAGCCUGAAGGAUGCGCUUGAGAAAGCAAAGGAGUUCGAAAGCACCCAGCCGGGCCUCUUCCAGAUGUGGCACGAUUUGGUGCGCAAAGGUGUUGGGGAAGACAAGGUGCUCGACCAGUCGCUCAACCUGGGCUUGGGGGACAACGCUGGCAUUGUGAAGUGCCUUUACCACAUGGAGGCACGCAGGACAGCCUGCUUGGCUGCGUCUGGCUUGCUUCCAGAGAACCAGAUGCUCCAGCUGGUUCCCGACCUGCCGGACCUCAUCGUUGGCGAGACAGGCAGCACGGAAGGCAACUUGGAGGCGCGCAAGGCAGAAAGGCUGCAGAUGGUGCUGGACAAGAUCAAGGAGACUGACACCGUGGUCAACCAGUACGCAAGCCCCUUGGCGGAAUUUCACUGCGCAUGCUUUAGUCUCCUGACUGCAAAUGCAACGGCUCAUGCUGUGGCAACCACCAACCACCGGCCGCCGGAAUGCAGUUGUUUUUGCUCUCUCAAGCGAGGCAAAGCAGUGGUCGUCCAGAUGCUGGAGAGGACGGAUCUCUUUGACGAAUGCCACACAAGGGAUGCCUUCACCGACAAGCUGAAAGAGAUCAAGGACCGGGCGACUGACACCAAGACGAUUGCCCAGAGCCUUAGAAAGUGCGUGACCGAAGUUGGAGGUCUCGUCCAGGCGGUCUCGAACUUGCAUUUCUAG